AACACACAAAAAGGGCCUUUUCCAUUACAAACGAAAAGAAAAGCCAAAGAGGGAAUAAACAAGCUCUGCUCUGCUCGCCCCUCCCAUGUUCGUCCGUCCAAUCCGUAUAAAAGCAAAGAAAUGAAAAACGGCAGGCUAUAAACCCUUUCUUAAAGUCGCCCUGACCCCCUGAAUCCGAGUCGAGCAACUUGCCAUUUCCGCCUCGUUUUUUAUUUAUUACUACGGAGUACUAGUAGCGAGCAGCGCCCCUCGAACCCAUCGUCGCUUCGUCCAACCGAGCCCAGACUCCUCCUCGCUGUCUGGUACUAGUACUCCCUGCGAACGAGCGAGAGGAGGAAGGAAGGAAGAAGAUGGAGAGGUAUCUGCAGGAGAACUUCGAGCUGCCGUCCAAGAACCCGUCGGAGGAGGCGCAGCGGCGGUGGCGCUCCGCCGUCGGCACCCUCGUCAAGAACCGCCGCCGCCGCUUCCGCCACGUGCCCGACCUCGACCAGCGCCACCAGGACCACGCCAAGCGCCGCUCCGUCCAGGAAAAAAUUCGGGUUGCCCUCUACGUGCAGCAGGCCGCAAUCACUUUCAUUGGCGGUGCCAAGAAGAACGAGUACCAGCUAACAGAGGAUAUAAUCAAAGCUGGGUUUUCCAUCAACCCUGAAGAACUGGCAUCAAUAACAAGCAAGCAUGACUUGAAAGCUUUAAAGAUGCAUGGUGGGGUAGAUGGGAUAUCCAAAAAAAUCCGUUCAACAUUCGACCGUGGCAUAAGUUGUAGUGACUUGGAUACAAGACAAAACAUAUAUGGUGUCAAUCGUUACGCUGAAAAACCUUCAAGAAGUUUCUGGAGUUUUGUUUGGGACGCAUUGCAGGACAUGACCCUUAUCAUUCUUAUGGUAUGUGCUUUGUUAUCUGUUGUAGUUGGCCUGGCAUCUGAAGGUUGGCCAAAGGGCAUGUACGAUGGCUUGGGGAUAAUACUCAGCAUCCUCUUGGUCGUGAUGGUUACUGCUGCCAGUGACUAUAAGCAAUCUCUCCAGUUUAAGGAGCUAGACAAUGAAAAGAAAAAUAUAUUUAUCCAUGUAACGAGAGACGGCAGUCGACAAAAGGUCUCAAUAUACGACUUGGUAGUUGGUGAUAUCGUGCAUUUAUCAAUUGGAGACCAAGUACCUGCUGAUGGAAUUUUUAUACAUGGAUACUCCCUUUUGAUUGAUGAAUCCAGCUUAUCAGGUGAGAGCGAGCCAGUUUAUACUUCUCAAGACAAGCCAUUCAUUUUGGCAGGAACUAAAGUGCAAGAUGGCUCUGCUAAGAUGAUAGUAACUUCUGUCGGUAUGCGCACUGAAUGGGGAAGGCUGAUGAGCACUUUGAGUGAGGGAGGAGAAGAUGAGACACCAUUGCAGGUAAAGCUAAAUGGAGUUGCGACCAUUAUAGGGAAGAUUGGUUUGGUAUUUGCCACACUAACAUUUGUAGUCCUGAUGGCUAGAUUCCUUGUCGAUAAAGGUUUAACAGUUGGUUUGUCCAAAUGGUAUUCUACUGAUGCCUUGACUAUAGUAAACUAUUUUGCAACAGCGGUCACUAUUAUUGUUGUUGCUGUUCCUGAAGGGUUGCCAUUGGCUGUUACUUUGAGCCUUGCGUUCGCAAUGAAGAAGUUAAUGAAUGACAAAGCCCUUGUUAGACACCUCGCAGCAUGUGAAACAAUGGGAUCUGCUGGUACCAUCUGCACAGACAAAACAGGAACUUUGACUACUAACCAUAUGGUGGUUGACAAAAUUUGGAUAGCUGAGAUUUCAAAGUCAGUUACCAGUAACAAUAGUUUGGAAGAUCUGAAUUCUGCGAUUUCUUCAAGCGCAUGGAGCCUACUUUUGCAGGGGAUUUUUGAGAACACUAGUGCAGAAGUGGUCGAAGGAAAGGAUGGUAAACAAACCGUUUUAGGUACUCCAACAGAAAUAGCGAUAUUUGAAUAUGGUUUGAAGUUGCAAGGCUAUCGCGAUGCUGAGGAUAGGACCUGCACCAAGGUUAAGGUUGAGCCUUUCAAUUCAGUCAAGAAGAAGAUGGCAGUAUUGAUUUCCUUACCUGGUGGUACGAACCGCUGGUUCUGCAAAGGCGCGUCAGAAAUUGUUGUUGAGAUGUGCGACAUGGUGAUUGAUGAGGAUGGAAAUGCUAUUCCCUUAUCAGACGCUCGGAAAAAGAACAUCAUAGAUACUAUCAACUCAUUUGCUUCAGAUGCUUUAAGGACAUUGUGCCUCGCGUUUAAAGAUGUGGAUGAUUUUGAUGAGGAUGCAGAUAGUCCUCCAAGUGGUUUUACUCUGAUAGUCAUAUUUGGCAUCAAGGAUCCUGUGCGCCCUGGUGUGAAGGAAGCUGUUCAGAGCUGUAUAUCUGCUGGCAUCAUUGUGAGAAUGGUGACUGGUGAUAAUAUCAAUACAGCUAAAGCAAUAGCCAAGGAGUGUGGAAUAUUGACUGAUGAUGGUAUAGCAAUAGAAGGACCAGAUUUCCGUACCAAGAGCCCAGAGGAGAUGAUGGACUUGAUACCCAAAAUUCAGGUCAUGGCCCGUUCAUUACCAUUAGACAAACAUCUGCUUGUGACAAAUUUGAGAGGUAUGUUUCAAGAGGUGGUUGCUGUGACAGGUGAUGGUACAAACGAUGCUCCUGCAUUACACGAAGCAGAUAUUGGGCUUGCCAUGGGCAUUGCAGGCACGGAGGUUGCCAAGGAGAGUGCCGAUGUCAUAGUACUUGAUGACAAUUUCACAACUAUAAUAAAUGUUGCAAGGUGGGGUCGUGCGGUUUACAUAAACAUCCAGAAGUUUGUGCAGUUUCAAUUGACUGUCAAUAUUGUUGCUUUAGUGAUCAACUUUGUCUCAGCGUGCAUCACAGGGAGUGCUCCUCUCACCGCUGUGCAGCUGCUGUGGGUCAAUAUGAUUAUGGAUACAUUAGGAGCUUUAGCUCUGGCAACAGAGCCACCAAAUGACGAAAUGAUGAAGAGGCCGCCUGUUGGGCGAGGAGAAAGUUUCAUUACCAAUGUCAUGUGGAGAAAUAUCAUUGGACAAAGUAUAUAUCAGUUGAUUGUACUUGGAGUUCUCAUGUUCGGCGGGGAAACCUUUCUGAACAUCAAGGGUGCAGAUUCCAAAACCGUUAUCAACACACUCAUAUUCAACUCCUUCGUAUUUUGCCAGGUAUUCAACGAAGUAAACAGCAGGGAAAUGGAGAAGAUAAAUGUUUUCCGUGGUCUCCUCAGCAACUGGGUCUUCAUCGGGGUCAUAUCUGCAACUGUAGUAUUCCAAGUGGUGAUCAUUGAAUUUCUUGGCACUUUUGCCAGCACAGUUCCGCUCAGCUGGGAGCACUGGUUGGUAAGUGUCGGCCUAGGGUCGAUCAGCUUGAUCAUCGGUGCUAUCUUGAAGUGCAUACCAGUGAAAUCAGGUGAAAUCUCCGCUAGCCCGAACGGUUACAGACAACUUGCCAAUGGUCCUGAUGACAUAUAGCUGGAGAGUAAUCGAAUAAGUGCCAUGUUUGCUACCAGUAGAAUUCAGGACGGAUCACUGUUGCAUUGCAUCCCACUUUUUGGGUCUAUUUUGGUACCAGUAGAAUUCAGGAUGGAUCACUGUCGCAUUGCAUCCCAUUUUUUGGCCCUAUUUUGGUGUAAAUUAACCAGCCACUGCCGUUGUCACAAUUUCCGCCAGUUUGUUCCACUAUUUGUCAGCGUUGCAUUUGUUAGGAGAAUCCACUCAAAACAUUCUGGGAUUACCUUGCCGGAGAACUUUUAAUCCAGUACAGGACUUUUUGCAUUUA